UAGAGUCUGCGAACAGCCAUUAAACCAAGAGGAGAAUAAGCAAGUGUAGAGUUGCUUUUAUUCGCGUUUCGUCGGAUUUGUUUUCGUUUUAUACUUCGUGAAAAUGUCGAGACUAGAUAAGUUACAAUCUAACCUGAUGAAGCGAAUGUCAAUUGUCAUUCGUGAUAUUUGGGUGGAGGUGGAAGCGACGGUGAAGGACUAUCAAAAGGAAGCAACCCAAACACGGUCAGAAAACGCGAGACUGAAACAACAGCUCAGGGAUGCGCUGAGCAAGAAUCAGGCACAUUUAAACGGAGUCCACUAUGUCCCUCCUGAUGAAGCCUCACCCACAGAAUUACCAGCAUGUGGAUAUGGGUCCCCAGCUGAAUCAGAAGACCCAGAAGAUCAGCAAACGGAGGGCGAUGCCCAGAGUCAGGAUUCACCUAGUGAACUGAAGCCACGCAUACUAGAUGUCAUUUCAAUCUGUAAGACAGAGGCAGAAGAUAGAGAGCUAGUGCAUCAAAAAGAUGUCUUGAGUACGGAUGAGACGUGGAACAGGAACGCACCCACUGUGGCAACACCGAGGGUCAAGACUGAGCCCGAGGACACCAUCAUCACAAUAACGUCUUCAGUUACUACCACCCCUGCCCACGCCGGUCCAUGUCAAGACUCGGAACCCGCUCACCAGAUGAGAACAGCCAGUGACGCUUCAACCCUGUUGAAGAGGCCACAGAAGAAGGAGCGCCUUCGCACACGAUUCACCAUGCCUAGGAGAGCAUCCGCAAAAGAUCAUGAAGAGCCGUAUAAGUGUAACAAAUGUGGAAGGCAGUUAAAGGACUUGGCAAAGCUGCAGCUGCACAAGAAAUUGCAUGAAAGAUCCUUCAUCUGUCACUGGUGCGGCAGAAACUUCUCAAAGUUUGACUACCUUCGGAUGCAUAUGCGCACACACACCGGAGAACGGCCUUACCGCUGCAACUGGUGCUCAAAGACCUUCAGCCAGAGUGGAAACAUGAGGAGACAUGAGCGCACGUGCCGGAGUUUCAACGAAGAAUCGGCAUCGCAUGGGCUGGAAGAUCAACAGCUGCCCGCCGAGUGACCAGUGCGUCAUUGUUGCCAGAUCGCUGCAGGCACACCUCGAGAAAGAACCUGUUGUUGUGAUAGAGAGCUGAAAUUUGAUCUUUUUCAUUAGAUAUAUUGGGAUAUUUCUUGUUUUACCAAGUAUAUUAGAAGCUUCCAUGUUACACAAAAUACAGAAAGCCUAUAUGCUGUUUGACCAACAUCUCUAUGACCUUUUCAGGCCGUAUGUGUGCACAAAUGUCACCAGUAAGUCGAAAAAGCAUCAUGAGAAUGAACGUUUGACCCUUUGAGGAAGAUCACGUUGUGUUCCAUACUGAGUACCAUGACCUACUGUACUUCAAGACUGAUGUUUUAAUUUUAUAAAUACUCCACCGAGAGCAUGAUCUAGCCAAUGAAAUGUUUUUUUAGGCAGUGCAUAACUAUAAAAAUGUAUAUUCACUAUAGGAAGGAAUGACUUUCAUUACUUGUUUUAUUAAUUUCGAUUUUUUUUUCUUCUGGCCUACACAUUACAAUUUGAAAAUUCCAGGUUUUUGGUGACUGGGAAUUACAGAGGACGAGGUAAAUCUAAAGCAGUACAUUAGGAUAUGAAUCAGUGUGGAAGACUGAACAGUAAAAUGUACUUAAACUGCAAAAUUGUCAGAAGAAAAUCAUGUAAUUUGAGAAGAUGUAUCUUAUGACUGUCAAAUGAGGAACUUUGUCGUAUGUAAAAACAAACGCUUGAAUAAACUAGAUUCAGUUUAAUUUGACAUCAGUAAUUGUCUGUAUCUGAGGAAAAUGUUUAUCUGGCCAUUGUGAAAUUACUGUAUGUAUGCGUGUGUGUAAUAUGCUUAAUUUUGCCUUUUUUAUAUUUUACAACCCUGUCAUUUAGAACAUACUGUUUAUCCAAAACCUUCAGUUCAAUCACUGAAUCACCAGUUACUACCACUGUGGUUAAAUGCAUUUAUAUUGAUUCUGUUACUAACACUGAUAAUUAUUCCAUAAUAUGUCAUAAAUAUUCUAAAAUCUUCUAGGUAUUUAUUUGUCACACAUACUGCAUUUAGCAUUCUUUCUUUGUAAGUGGUGUUUUUAUAGUGUUAUUCUUAAUUUUCUCGUCUUUCUGUCCCUGUGUAGUAGACCUCGGCGUUCUCCCAGGUUUAGUGGGGUUCUGCCUUUUUUUCACAACUAAUUUAGGCAAAUGGUCAACUAAUGUAAAUUUCAUGUAA